UUUGCGCAACACGCUUUCGAAUAAUUUGAAUAUGAGUGACUAGUACAAGUUUAUGCCGUUUGGCGCUGGUGUCAGUCAGAUGGCCGGUGAGGAGGUAGGGUUGGCAGCACUGCCGCCGAGUCUUUUCUGCCAUCAUAACACACGACCAAGAUGGGUAAGAUUAUGAAAGCGGGCAAAGUCGUGCUGGUCCUCAGUGGCCGGUACGCUGGCCGCAAGGCUAUCGUAAUGACGAAUUACGACAAUGGCACGUCCGAUAAACAGUACGGGCACGCGCUCGUCACUGGCAUCGACCGUUAUCCACGCAAGGUGCACAAACGCAUGGGCAAAGUCAAGAUUCACAAGCGUUCCAAGAUCAAGCCUUUCAUUAAGGUCCUGAAUUACAAUCACCUGAUGCCCACCCGUUACACGGUCGAUCUGGCGUCAGAGAUGAAGAUCCAGCCUAAGGAUCUGAAGGACCCAAUGAAGCGCAAGAAGGUACGCUUCCAGACGCGUGUUAAACUCGAGGAAAGGUACAAGUCUGGCAAGAACAAGUGGUUCUUCCAGAAGCUGCGAUUCUAGAUUAUUCGUGUCCCUUUACAUAUAAAUUAAAAUAAAAAAAAGAAAAUCCGAA